CCUCGCCAUAUUAAAGGACCCAAAUGGAUACCUCCCAAAUCUCCGUACAAUUUAAUUCAGGAAAAGUUAUUUGAUAACCCUUGGAAACUAUUGAUUUCAACGUUAUUGCUGCACAAUAUAACAGAAAAAAAAGCUAUUCCAUUGCUAUGGAAAUUUUUUGGGCAUUAUCCCACUCCAGAAAUAGCAAGUAAUGCUAAUUGGAAGGAAAUGGCAGAGAAUUUCUCUGCUCUGGACAUGCAACAUGAUCGAGCCAAAAUAAUCAUUAAAUUUUCCGAUGAAUAUAUUAAAAAAGAUUGGUGUUAUCCAUGUGAAUUAUUUGGUAUUGGUAAAUAUGGAAACGAUUCUUACAGAAUUUUUUGCGUUAAUGAGUGGAAGAAGGUCUUUCCCAGAGACUACAAUCUGGUUAGGUAUCAUAAAUGGCUAUGUCAAAAAUAUAAA